AUGUUAACACCAUUGAUGUUUUCUCGCAAGUCCGAGGUCCAGGAGGAGGUACUGGUGGCCACCACAGACCUGGAACCAGAACCUGAGGAGAUCCAGUUUACGGAUACCUCCUACACCAGCGCCUCUUUUGAAUCCCUACCUCCAGUUGUUGAAGAAAUCAAACCAAAGAAAAAGAAGGGAAAGAAAAAGGCAGUAGAAGAAGUGACAGAAAAAACGAGUGAAUUCUUUCAAUGGUCCGAAGAAUCUCUUGCAGCAGAGGAAGAAAAGCCCAAAGUGACGGAGGAAGAAGAAGUCACAGAGAAAAAGGGGAAGAAAGGGAAGAAGGGGAAAAAGGACAAGGACAAGGAGGACAUACCGGAGUUUGAAAAGCCGAAAAAUUGGAAAAAGAUGAAUAAGAAGGAGAGAGAAGCAUGGAUGCUGCAGCGGAUCGAGGAGUGGCGAGCGGAGAAGGAGGCGGAGAAACAAGCCAUCCUGGCGGGAGCUAAAGAGAAGCGCGCCGCCCUCGCGCGGGAGAGGGCAGAACUGAUGGCGAAGGACAACACCGAACAGGAGGUCCGCAGGGACAUCCUGCAGAAGACCUGCGACUUGUUUCACAAAUAUGAAAAGCAGAAAAUGAAUUUCGAGAACAAGAAACAGAUGGAAGCUGAGUGGGCCCAAUACCUCCGCUGUGAUGGCCUACCAGACCCUCGCGUGGUGACGCAAAUGAACACGUACCUUCACAUCUGGCACCAGAAGCCGGAGUGCGACCCUGACGAGCUGGAGAGGAGGUGCAUUGAGGCUCUGCCGAUGCUAGAAAUGCUGGAAGAAUUUGUUGCCAACUCCCGACAGUACACGCCGCUACAAGCUCAGAGCUAUAAUGAAGUUCGAUUAGCCCUCAGAGAACAGCUCUCAAACGCCAUCCAGUUCGCCUCCUACACUCUCCUGCGAGAUAUGGAGAAGCAUCUCAAGUUUGAGUCCAUCAAAUUGGCUCUCUACGAGAGAGAAUUCAAAGGCCUCCGCCUGAACCUCUGGUGUGCUGUCAAGAUGCCCACUAGGAAACCGAAGCCGUUAGAACCUGACCCAGAGCCAGUGGAACUUGCCUUCCCAUCCAUGAAGGUGGCUGUCAAACUACCAAAGAUUAUAGACGGCACGUGCGUGUGUGUGCGUGCGGCCAGGUCUAUGAUAGACCUGCUCAGCGAGAGCUCCAGGACCUUCCACUUGGGUGGGGACAUGCCUAAUAGAUAUUCGGAACGCAUUAUGGAGGAAAACUCGAUGGUCCGUGAUCUCAUCACAAAGAUUCUCGACGAGACAACACCUACAGAAGGAAGCAGCUCAAACCCGGUCCAGGAUAAAACGCUAAGCGGUCUACCUGGCCAGUACCCCAAAGCCGACACAAACACCUCAUACGUACCACCGUCAUACUACCAGAACCUAUACAACUAUGGCCAAAACGACCAGAACGGCUUUAACUAUUUACAAAACGGUUAUGGAGGCUCAAACUUCGUCAAUUACCCUGAAAGUGACGUCAGCACCUUACUGGGCAUCGACCCGUUCCCAGAAUCCAACUCUGACGUCACGCCAGAACAGCUCAACCUUCUCCGAUUAGCUGCCCAGGAGAUUGGCGGCGCCCAAUUUUCCAGUCCAAAGUACGACGACAAGUAUUACAACUUCUUCGAACCGAGCCAAAGAAACUCGCUACCUGACACGACAUACAUGAAUAACUACAACCGACCGAACAGUUUGAAUUUGGAUUUGAGCUACGAAAACCCUUUCAAUAACCAGCGAUUCCCGAACAAAUUCGACGGUUACAAAGACCAGAGUCAGGAGGCAGAGUUGCUAAGCUAUUUGAACCAUUUGAACCUAUCGAUGGAUCGAUCGAGAGACGAAAAUCCGAUCCAAAAUAACAUGGAUUUCAAAAUGCCCAUGGAUGGGCAUUACCAAGAAGACUUCAACAAAAUGCAGGAGAAGAUGUUUUACAAUCGGGGCUUCCAGCAACCACCUCCAAAGAACUUCAUUGGGGACAAUUUCUACAAUAUGAUGUCUCAAGUGAAUGAGCGAAGUCCGAUCCAAAACUUCGAAUAUCCGAACCAAAACACGCCGGUUUCGGGGGCCAACAAUUUGAAUUUUAAACCUAACGGCUUCCAUCAGAACGAUUUUAUGCAAAGACGUGACAUGAAUCAGAUGCCUCGAGAGAAUUACCCAGUGAAUGGGGCAUUGAAUGAGCAGAGAACGAAUUUUGAGAACGCUUUGGGCAAUAACCAGGCUUUGUUGAGGCAGAAUCAGGAAUUGGCGCGACAAAUGACCAUGUUGAUGAGGAAUCGACCUCCGCCUAACCCUUUGAACGUGGAUGUCUCUUUCUUGCAUGAGAAUACUCCUUUCAAUCUUGGCCUGGGCGCGUUGUUAGGGCCUAGUCCGCCCGUCCCGCCGCCAGUGUUGCCAUCGCCUAUGCUCGAUUUACCACUUUUGGCGCCGUUUUAUGCUAUGAGGAAUAUGAGCAAAGUCAACCAAGUGACAACAAUACAGAAACUGAGCAGCCUACAACGGCUAGCCUGCAUCACAGCAACCGGAGCACUAUCAACGACACCAGGGGCUGCAUUAAAUGCUCUGCUGGAUCUUAUACCACUGCAUAUGCAUGUGCAAAAAGAAGCCAAGCAGAGCACAUAUAGAAUCUGCACCCGCACGAAAAAAUCUGAUGUUUUCUUUUCAGAAUUGGCAUUUCAAAAGUAUCUGAAGACAUGCAUGACCAGAACUCGUGCUGGAGAAGUGAAUCUUCGUAAAUAUAGAAUUUGCGGGGGUGUGUUAAAUUUGGAUCUGCUGACCACUCCUCCUCAGCCGAAGAAGAUGACUGGAUCCAUCGUGCUGACCACUCUUCAGCUCCCAAAACGCCUCCAGCCUAUGAAGUACCAGGUCCAGUACCGCGCCCCGUCCCCUCCCCCGCCGGGCGUCACCCGCACCCCCGAAGAAAUAGAAAGGGAGAUCAAGAAGACGGAACAGGAGUAUGAGAAACUAGCGCUGGUGUUUAUAGACCUGCCCCAAGACGUGAUGUGGACGGAGCCUCCAGUGGUGUGCCAGUGGCAGGAGCAGCGUCGGUUGUGGACCAGCAACUACGUGAACGACUACAAGUUUAACGAGGAUAAACUGACAGUGCAAUUUAGGACUGGGGUACUGUGGCCUAUAGGAAUAGCUGCGUUGAGGUACAGCAACCUGCCCUACCAGGGGUGGGACGUGCGGCCUGACCCCCAGAGUAAAGGCGUGAUACUGACCGUGACAGGCGUCUGCGUGACUGUCACGUGGCUGUGUGUGGGCAACUCUGUCAGGCUGAAGUGGAUCGCCAACGCACCCACCUCGGCACUGAAGGAGCACUUCAACAAGCCUUAUAGCGUGAAGAGGAUGACGCAGAUAAUGCGCGAAGCAGCGUGCGACUUUUUCCCGGACUUCGACGGGUAUUCUCACGUGGAAGGCUCCUGCCCCAAGGAGUGGGUGAUGGAGCGCCACAACUACCACGCCAUGGCCUUCCUGUCCAGGGCUUAUAACUUCCAAUGGAGCAGAUGGAACGCGGGCGCGGGUUCACGCAACAUUGUGAUGCAGAUACGAGAAGCAGUUGACAAGAAAAGAGAGGCAAAAUUCCAAUUGCUGUACGUGACGCCACAACGUGCUUUCGUCCUGAAAUGUAACGAAAUGACGCAAGAGUUCAAUCUAGAGCCAAUGAUGGGCAUGAAGUUUUUCCCCGAUCUGUUCACUCUGAAUAUGUCUUACGGAUCAGUCGACGCGCGGAGGGCGACCUUCAACAUGAAGUACCGACUGGUCGAGACCGUCUUCAAUAUGCUGCAAGAACUAAAACUGUCUAGCUUCUCAUAAUAUAGAUGACCCACGCUGAACUGUCCCACCAAACUCAAUGACGCUACCAUCGUUCAACUUUAUGGUUUCCAACAUGGCAAAAAUCGGAACCAGCAAUUCGGUAUUGACGGUGGCGCCCCACUGUCUAUGUCAUGGAUAGGACAGUUCAGUAUUUUACGCUGCGACUUACGGUCACUUUCAAACAUUGGAAAUAAUAAUCUUUUUAACGUCUGUGCUAUCGACCACAGUACCAGCUACCCAUUUCCGUUUUUUCUCUCGCUCUUAUCAAAUGGUGAUUCUUUGCGAUAGAACAAGAUGCAAUGAUGGGUACAUCUUGAUCUAUUAGUAUGACCGAUGUGUGGACUCGACCUUAGAUAAUAUUAGGUACAGAAACUGACACAAUAAAAUAAUCCAGACUAUUUUGCGUUUUAUUCAAACUAGUUACUAGGUCA